ACCAGCUUGCGGGCUUUGGAGAUCUCCGCCCCAGUCAUAUUGGGCUACAGCUCGGAGCCCGGAUGCGCCGCCAUGCCGACUCUGUCAGCAAAUGGAAUAAUUUAUUCACCAACCUGCCUGACGCUGGCCGACUAGAGUUGACUAAAGAAGUAAACGAAGCAGACAGGGAGACACAGACGCUUUUCACGUGUACAGAGCUGCGCAGAAUAUAUAUACGCGCCCAUGCUCAUGUUACUUACAUGUGUUGAGUUUAUGUAGACACUUGUGUGCUAGCUACGCUAACGUUAGCUCGAGCGGAGGGAGUGCGGGGUAGUGACAGCCCGGCCGGAGGCGGGGAGAACUGAACUGCGAGGUGAGACUGUUAUUUUGAUGGUGACUACACGGCUGACUGCACGCGGACCCAGAAACACUUCAAUGCCUUCAUCAGCUUUGGAAAAUAAAGCAGAUGUCUUUUGACGAGGAUACUGCAAAAACUGGCCGUCCACAAUCCAGUUCAGCGUCAUCUCUGCAGCUCUCCGAUUGUACUGGAGGCUACAGCAGUGUGUCUGUGAUGAUGGAGGGAGAGGCAGUCACCCCUGACUUUGCAGCUGCUUGUCCUGUCCUAGGUACUGCAGCCUCUCCAAAACACACCAACAUAGAGAGCACUGAACAGAGAGCCACAACAAAUGAAAACAGCAUUAAUCGUAGAAACAGCUUCCAGCAUUCUAAACAACAGCAACAAACAAAACUAACAAAGCGGCGCUACACUGCAAGUUCUAGUUUCAAACAUCCGACAUCUGGCAAGAGGAGGCGAAGGGCUAACUCUGAAAGUGACUCCGUCCUGCCAACCAACUUCCUCUUGGGUGGCAAUAUUUUUGACCCACUGAAUCUUAACAGCCUGCUGGAUGAGGAGGUCAACAGGGCGCUUAAUGCAGAGACGCCAAAAUCCUCCCCGCUGCCAGCAAAGAGUCGAGACCCUGUUGAGAUUCUCAUCCCCAGAGACAUCACAGAUCCACUGAACCUGAACAGCGGCAUAGCUGACAGCAACUUUUUGGUGUCUCCCUACAAGAGUGGAGGAAGAAAAAGGCACCGCAACAGACAUCAUGGAGGAGCAGGAGGCGGAGGAGGUGGGAGUGGGAUAUCAAUCACACAGAUGAACCUCUCAGAAUCAGGUAAAAGUGAGGUCAAUACUAGCAGCUCCGCACAGCUUCCAGUUAUGCUGGAUUCUUGUUCAGCACUAGAUUCCUCCAAAGAGUCCGACAAUUUUUCAAGUGUCACAGGGGAGUUGCAUGAGCCCACGGCUGACAGCUCAUCCAGCUGUAAGGAAGAGGUAACAUCUGUAUCUGUAGAAGAUUCUUCUUCUGCCCUAUCAGGGGGACCAUACCAGCACACAAGCAGACGCAAGCGAAGGCGUAACUCAGGCAAAAUGGAGCCCCCCGUCAUCCACUCUACUCCCAUUAGUAAGUCAGGAUGUGAAGUCAGGAGUUUUGGUACAGGAGGAUCAAGAAAUUCCUUUCACACACCAAGAGGUGGUUCCAAAACAGGUUCAGGACUUCGCCAGCACCAGCAGCCCCACAGUCAGGGAAAGGUACAUCAGAAGAAGUUCCAGUAUGGGAACUACAACAAGUAUUAUGGCUAUCGCAACCCAGGCACUAGUGAAGACCCUCGUAUACGUGUACUUCGUCGAGAAUGGUUUGAGGGUAAAGAUGUUUUGGACUUGGGGUGCAACUCUGGCCACUUAACACUCUACAUUGCCAAAAAUCUUAGACCUGCACGGAUAUUGGGUCUCGAUAUUGACAAUAGUCUGGUGCAUGCAGCUCGUAAGAACAUCAGACAUUAUCUGUCUGAGCUACAAACCAAGGAAGCCAGGAGUGUUGUGCAGGGGAAGGAGACUACUAAACAGGAGGAGAGGAAUGGAAAUGAAAGUCACACAGGCACAGAAAAGAAGCACAAUGACAUGGAGAGCGGGGAUGAAAACGGGAAAGCAGGGAAAGGACAAAGAGACCCUGCAGAGGCUGUAAAUGACAAUGACUCCUGCCACACAGAUGAGACGAGCACCCAGAGGCAGGACAGCAAAACAGAGGAAAUGGAGCAAGAAGAUUGCGAUGCACCCCCUGCUGAUCACUCUGUGAGCUGCACUUUUCCAGUGUCCCUGCGAAUCUCCAGAGGACCCAUUGCUGCACCCCUACUGACAGAAGCAUCCACAGUUAAGCCUGGGGAGUUCCCCUCCAAUGUGUCUUUCAUCAAGGCCAAUUACGUUCUGGAGAGCGAUAAUCUUCUUCUGACUCAGAGACCAGAGUAUGAUGUGAUCCUGUGCCUCAGCGUUACCAAAUGGGUUCACCUAAACUGGGGGGACAGCGGCCUCAAGCGGCUCUUCAAGCGGGUUUACAACCACCUCCGUCCUGGGGGCAUGUUCAUCCUGGAGCCACAGCCCUGGGAGUCCUAUGUGAGGAGAAAGAAGCUGACGGAUAAUAUAAACAGGAAUUUUAAAAGCAUCCGACUCAAACCUGAGCAGUUUUCAUCAUACCUUACAACCGAGGUAGGCUUCACCAGAUUUGAGCACCUUGGAGCCCCCAAGUGUUCAGCAAGAGGUUUUCAGAGGCCAAUCUACGUUUAUCACAAAUGACCUCUGCUGCCUUUGACACCAUUGAAUGUGAGUAGCCGAAACCACCAACAUCAGUUAAGCCAGGCAGCUGCACUGGACUGCAAGGACUCGUCCUUAACCGUUAACUAUUUAUGCUGAUGAUGGAAAUCUAAGGAAAAGAGCAGUUGGACCAAAAGUGAAAUAAAUUUAAUAAAUCUAAGAUGUAUCAUCCUCUGACAAAUACUGUAAAAAGUAUGGAGGAAACUUCCAAGUUUGGCCAGACAGUGGAAGAUGUGCUCAUCUGAUUCUUUGAACUAUCCAAGCGUUAAUGAUGCUCCACACUGAUGCAUGGCCAUACCUUGUUGUGCUCAAAUAUCUUUGGUCAUUUUUCAUUGCUUUAUUAACCGUUGCUCUGUGCAACCACCGUGUCAUGACACAACAUGCAUCUCGGGCCUGGGCGAAUAAGACUAAUUUAUCUGGUUGUUAUAUUUACUUACUCUCAGUGGUAUAAUCAUCAGAUUUGUUAUACAUUUGGAAUAUAAAGCUGAAAAGCAGUCGAGAAGCCACAACAAAGUGCAGGAAACAUGUUUUGAUCUGCCGUACCAUUAAUGCUGUUAGUUUAUGAAUAUUACCGACGGCAUGGAAGUCAUACCUUUCUGCUUAAAUAUGUACAUCAUAUUUUAAGCCUUAAACAUCGUUGCAGUAAGCUUGAAUCUGCAUAAAUUUAUGUGGAGUCAAAUAAAAAUUGCCACAAAGUCAGUGUGACACUAACAGGAAAUUUGUUUGUCCCAUAUUCCAAACGUAAUAUGUAGCUUGUUUUUGUUCUGUUUUUGCAAAACUUGGUUGAGAGUUCAUUUAACUUGGAUCUGUUGUAGAGCUAAAAACCCUCAGAAGUGAACAGUGGCUUAUCCAAGAAAUACACAUUAGUGAGAAUUGUGAUCUGUAUAUCCAAAUUAUCAGUUUAUAUGCUUUCCCAGGGAUGUUUUGUCUGCUUUACUGUAACAGUCACUAACUUUGACAUUGUUAGGAUAAAUUUAAAAAAAAAAAAGAAAAAAAAGCUGUCCUUAAACACUGUAAUAUAGAUCCUGUCAUGAUAACAUGAUGGUGUAAAACCUGGCACAGGCUGUGAUUCAGAGGCACCGUUAAUGGAGAUAUUAAAGUUAAAAUAUUGAGUAGAAAAAGCAGCUGUCUGGGGCUAUUCUGAUCCUCAAUUAUCUAGGGCCCUGUUAUUUUUGCUGACCAGCCAUUUUGGAAAUAAAAUGUCCCCUACAGUUAAGCCAUAGUCAUACCUUGUGUUUUACAGUCUGUGAGGUGCUGACAAAGGAAACACCUGAGCAGAAAAUGUGAGCAUCUUCAGAGAUGCUGCAGCGUAAUUCUCAGUUUAAUUGGGUCUGGUCGCCACUACGUGAAUUUAAACGGAGCAAAUGACACUUGCAGUGUUUUUUCUAGUUCGACAUGACUUCUGCAACGCUGCAAAACAAUUUACAUUAAUAGAAAAUGGAUUGUUUCUUAAAGGAGACGUUAUCCAUAUGAUUUUUUUUUCUAAGAUUUAAAUAUUAAUAUGCUGUUUGUACUGAAGUGCUGCCAAAACAUUUUAUGGCUUUUCUGCUCUCUACUGGAUAAAUUAUGCCAACAACAUUGUGGUGUUUGACCCACUGAGGACAGAUGAGUUACAAGUUGUCAGUUUUUGUAAUUAUAUAUUUAAUGUUCACUCAGCAUCACUCAUCCACAGCCUUUCUAUUCUAAGUGUCUGGGACAGAAAAUCAUCCCUGGCUUUGUGACUGGUACUUUGCCAUAAUUGGGGAGGAAACGAUGGACAGCAUGGAUGAGAUGUCUCUAUUUCACUGAGUGAUCAAUGUAAAUAAAUUUUGCAAAUCUUAUUUUCAUAUUGUUAACUGCUUUGUGUCAUUUUCAGUUUUUUUUUUAUCCUUGUUUUCAGAUGUUUGCUGCCAAUCAGUCCUUUGUUUUUUACUUGUAUGUAAAGACUUAUUAAUCCAGCUUUGUAACCACCAAUGAAUGUGUACAUUCUUCUGAUGUCUGUGCUUUGUUCUGUCCUGGCAGGCACAUGGAUUGUUAGAUUAGUUCUUUAUUUUGUUUUAAUGAUUUUGUUUUUUUGAUAAAUUGUUUGAAAAGA